AAUUUGGAUUUAAACAUCUGGCAAUCACAUACGAAUUUAAAUACAAAAAAAAAACCAAUGAAAGUUCAGUUAAAAUCUUUACUUAGAAAUGUAUGUUGUGGCAUGGAUAAGACAGGAGCGUCAACACAGACUCAUCAACAGCAAGCAGAAUAAAAAAACACACAUUAGAGAGACUAGCCCAUAAUAGCAGCAUGACAUUAAGUCAUAGCAAAAAGCCAUUUAGAACAGAUUAAAUGAAUAAAUAAGAACAACUUACAAAGAAAUGAAUACUGCCAUUCAUAAUAUAAUUGAAGGCUUAUAAACGAUGAUGAGUGAAGCAACGUGUUCAUGAAUAAGAGGUGGGAGGUAGAGAAGAAGUGGGAGGGGCUAGAGAUGCAGGGCCUCCUCCAUUUUACAGCACAAUAGAGCCCGAAGUGGUUCACCCCGGUCCCUCCCCUGUUUUGCCACGUGGUAUGAUCCAACCCAGUAUUUAAAUCCGGGAGCUUGAAGGCUGUGUCGUUCAUGGACUGAAAACCGGUGUAAUCCAGGAAGCAGCUGAGAGACAGAGGCAGAGAGAGAGAGAGUCAGAGAAAAAAGGAAAAAAAAACUGCUUCGCCAGCACACUGGAGGUGGUGACAGUUACAACAGGAGAAGCGGAGAAAGGAGAAAAAGAGGAGGAAUUGUGUGAUCCCAGUGUUAGAGCAGCUUGUGUUCAGGAGAGAGCAUAUCUUGUGUCUCUUCUCUCUCUUUGCUGUCAUUCUCUCUCUUCCACUGUGCCGGCGGGGGAGGGUACAUCGGCCGUCCCAGGCCUAGUUACAUGUCCCAGCAUCCCGCAGGAGCUCAGACAAGGCCACUGCGACUGUAACGGAGACUGUGAGAACAGGACAAGGCAGGGACAUAUAGAGACCUGUGUGGUGCAUCCGGGCCCAAACCCCUCAAGCCUCAGAGAUCCCUUCCAGGGACGCCCGUUUCUAUCACACACUACCCAAUCGACCUGCGGACAUCCAUGGAGGAAAAAUACAAAGAGAUUGCUGAGGAGCUGUUCACACGCAGCAUGGCAGAGAGCGAGAUGCGAACUGCUCCUUAUGAGUUCCCGGAGGACAGCCCCAUCGAACAGCUGGAAGAGAGACGGCACCGCCUAGAGAGACAAAUCAGCCAGGACAUUAAGCUUGAGCCAGAGAUCUUGCUCCGCGCCAAACAGGACUUCAUGAAAAUCGACAGUGCUCCAGACCUUGAGUUGAUGAAGGAGAAGAGUGUGGACACUGUUGAUGAUGGCUUUAGGGAGAGACAAUUGCCUCUGGAGAAAGAGUACCAGCGGGUCUCAAUAUCUGGAGAGGAAAAGUGCGGGGUGCCCUUCACUGACUUGGUCGAUGCUGCAAAGUGUGUGGUGAAGGCAUUAUUCAUCCGGGAGAAGUACAUAAAUCGAUCUAUGCAGAAUUUUUGUAAGACCACAGCUCAGGCCCUCCAGGAGCUCGGGAUGAAACCUCUGGAUCUGAGAGUCUAUGAAGAUAUACCAGAGACGCCUGUAGAUGCUGAUGCCCCCGUCCAUCCACCUGUUUCAAAGACACACCCCUAUGACAAUCAGGACCCCAAGAAUAUGCCGGCAGACACAGGAUAUGGUUGCAAGAUGGUGGAUGGAGUAGUCCAUGUCUACACCAAGAACACCAACAUGGACAAAAGUACAGAACUAGACCUGCCCUAUCCUGACCUGAAGGAGUAUAUUGCGGACAUGAAUGUUAUGAUGGCCCUCAUUAUCAAUGGGCCAGUGAAGUCUUUCUGCUACCGCCGCCUACAGUACCUGAGCUCUAAGUUCCAGAUGCACAUCCUCCUGAAUGAGAUGAAGGAGUUGGCAGCUCAGAAGAAAGUUCCACACAGAGACUUCUACAACAUACGAAAGGUGGACACACACAUACAUGCGUCAUCCUGCAUGAAUCAGAAGCACCUGCUGCGAUUCAUCAAGAGAGCCAUGAAGAAAUACCCUGAGGAGAUUGUUCACAUUGAGCACGGCCGCGGUCAGACCCUCAAGCAGGUGUUUGAGAGCAUGAACCUGACGGCCUUUGACCUGAGCGUAGACACUCUCGACAUGCAUGCGGAUCGUAACACCUUCCAUCGGUUUGACAAGUUCAACGCCAAAUACAACCCCAUUGGAGAAUCCAUCCUCAGAGAGAUCUUCAUCAAGACUGACAACCACAUUGAAGGAAAAUACUUUGCACACAUUAUCAAGGAGGUGAUGUACGACUUGGAGGAGAGUAAGUACCAGAACUCUGAGCUACGUCUGUCCAUCUAUGGUCGCUCCCGAGACGAAUGGGAUAAGCUGGCUCAGUGGGCCGUUAAACACCGAGUGUACUCCGAUAAUGUGCGCUGGCUUGUCCAGGUGCCACGUUUAUUCGACGUCUACCACACAAAGAAGCAGCUGGCCAAUUUCCAGGAGAUGUUGGAGAAUAUCUUCAUCCCUCUGUUUGAAGUCACGAUCAACCCCCGGAGUCAUCCUGAGUUGCACCUCUUCCUGGAGCAUGUGGUGGGCUUCGACAGCGUGGACGAUGAGUCUAAACCCGAGAACCACAUUUUCAAUCUUGAUAGUCCGUUGCCUGCCAACUGGACAGAGGAAGACAACCCACCCUACUCCUACUACCUCUACUACACCUAUGCCAACAUGACUGUGCUCAACCACCUGCGACGGCGGCGAGGCUUCCGUACGUUUGUGCUGCGACCUCACUGUGGGGAGGCGGGGCCGAUCCACCACCUGGUGUCAGGUUUCAUGUUAUCAGAGAACAUCUCCCACGGCCUGCUCCUCAGAAAGGCCCCGGUGCUGCAGUAUCUUUACUACCUGGCUCAAAUUGGCAUCGCCAUGUCACCCCUGAGUAACAACAGCCUGUUCCUCAGUUACCAUCGCAACCCGCUGCCAGAGUACCUGUCCAGAGGCCUCAUUGUCUCUCUGUCCACUGACGAUCCUCUUCAGUUCCACUUCACUAAGGAGCCUCUGAUGGAGGAGUACAGCAUUGCUACUCAGGUGUGGAAACUAAGUUCCUGUGACAUGUGUGAGCUGGCAAGGAACAGUGUCCUCAUGAGUGGCUUUUCACACAAGGCCAAAAGCUACUGGCUGGGCCCCAGUUAUGCUAAGGAGGGUCCCCUGAGCAACGACAUCCGCCGCACCAACGUCCCCGACAUCCGUGUAGCGUACCGCAGCGAGACACUCUCUGAGGAGCUCCAACUCAUCACCCAUGCUGUGCGCAACGAAGAGCUGGACACUAUUGACGAGGAGGACUCUCUGUCCAUGGGCCCUCUCCCCGGAAGACACUGAAAGCACAGUCACUUGGACUUGGCCUGUAAAGCCCCCACCCCUGUGGUCCACCUAGCAUGACAAUGAGGAGACGUAGUAUGAGAGUAAUUCUGUCGUUUAUCCUAUAUAGAACAUAAACACACCAACCAUCACUAAGGAAAAGCCAAGGAUACAGUUGUGCCAGAGCACUUUAGCUUCAAGGUUUUUCUUGUGUUUGAGUCAUUUCUAGGCAUCAGGAAAGGAUUUUAACCCCAUUUUGUUGUUACCUUGAAUAUAAAUUUGGAAAUGUAUCUCUCCACUGCUGCUUAUAUUGUUCUCUGUGACAUUUUAGUUCUCACUCAGCAUAAUGAAGGUUAGCAGAGGUGACCAGCUCCUGGGAUUUUUGUGAAUGAAAAGCAGGGAACCCCUCAGCAGAGUGACACGGACUCUCCAUCCUGUCUUGCCAAAGCCAUUAGAUGAUCCCUGUGAUUUAUUGUCAUUCAGCGAUAUGUUUUACUUCAGACAUUACAUGGCAUGUGGUAUCUCUGUAGUAUCCGUGUACUAAAGAAACAACCAGCACAUUUGAAACUUUUUUCACAGCAAACCUGCUCUAAAUGUUGCUUAUCUUUCACUAUACAGUGAUGCUGCUUCAACUGAACUAAAUGCAUCGAUCGUCUUCAUUAUACAAAUUUAUAAUGAAUGAUUUUCAGAUGCAGUCUUACGUUUUAAGCUACUUCAGGGUGGCUUGGAGACAGUAACUUGUAUAACAAGACUUCUCACUGAAUGCUGCACCACUGAACAUCAGCCAUGCAUGGUGCUCGGCGUGGUUUCAGAUCAUUUAUUUGCCAAAUUGCACACGCAGAAUUGUUCUUCCGUGAUUUGAAUCAGCUCCGAGUCGAGACAGGAGAGAAGCAGACUGCAAACAUUCCAUGAAGCAAACUGUCCUCUAUAGCUGUAAAUCAAAUGAGCUGCAGUAAAUGUUGGUUUGAUGACCCUAUAUUUCCAUAUAAAGCAGAAAUGUGGAUUGUAGAUUUUAACCACAGCAUAAGUAAAAGUCGAUGAAUCCAGCAUCGUCCGAGGAGAACGCUCUCGCCGGCCACUGUGGCCAUACAGAUACGGACCUUCUGUCACUCCUUAGGGCUCAGAUUUCACUCAUUCCUUCCAUCUACGGACAAACUAGAACGUUGUAAGAGUUUUUCCCCCUUUGCAUGCAGUGCACUGUACGUAUGCACCGAGCAAAGAAUUCACAGUGCCUUUCCUUUUCAGCUUUGGGCGCUGCAUGCCCAGUUUCUGUCUUAAUCACCUGCAACAAGUAUUGCAUCACUUUUCCUCAGUCAUAUACGCUAGACCUCUAUGCUGUUGUUAUAUCUACGCCAAUGGAACUGAACCACCUAGCUGCAUGCUCGGUGUAAAUAGCUUUUACCUUGGCCUUCGUUUGAGGAGAAAAGUUGAUUUGUUUCUGGUUCUCUACUUGUUUUUUUGCAUGCUUGCAUGAAUAAUGGAUGGCAGGAGAGAAUGAGUUGCUUAAAUGUGAAGCAUCUUAACUAAUUCAGGGCUGCCGACCAGCUUUCGAAUCAGACAUCUGUUGCAGCGAGCCAACAGAUUUAAUCUCAGCAUCGUUCACCAUGUAGAAACGAGCAAACCAUGCUGGGACAUGGUUAAGACUGUUGCAUGGUUCUUGUAGCAUUUAUGGUUUUUCAACUCGUCCCAAAUCAGAUCGAAGCUGGGAUCACAUUUUGUAUUGUACACUCACCACGUUAUCACAUCCUGCCAUCGGAAACGGUCCAACUUCCCAUCAAACUGUGAGCAUCCUUCUCAAACCUAGACGCCAGUGUCGAGUAACAUUUGAUGCCAAGAGAGCGAAUCAGAAACUGUCAGCCUUUGUUUGAAUAACCAACCGUAAUGUAUUCAUAUAUAUACAUGUUUGCUUUAUAGAGGAUUAGGAUAAAAGAAGAGAACCCGUCUUGUUCAGAAAGAAUACAGUAGCUUCUAUUUGUUCAAGGGAUGCACUGGAGUUGUGCGCUGAACAUGGUGAAAUUUGUGCGUUUGUUGGGUUUCAUGUAUAAAGUGUAUUUUUUUAAAGGCGUAUAGAGAUAAGAAAUUUUAUAUUCACAAUAUAUUGAUGUCAAGGUUUAACACUUAGUUCCGUUGCUGUUGAUCGUUGUGAAUUGGCAUUAUGUUUUUCAAUACAGUUUUGUUGUUAGCCUUUUUAAUUUGUGAAUUGGACAUUUUUCUGUCUGUUCUGACUAUUUAGCCGCCAUUUUUUAAGUUCCUGAUCACGCUCAGUUCAUUAUUAUAGGCAGGUACAUGAUAGUUACCUCUUACUUAACAGUGUCUACAGUCAGAAACCGACCUCCACACACA